AUGACUGGUUAUAAACCUCUUGGAACCCCUCUUGCUCAAAAGCAUAAUCUUCACAUGGUGGAUGGCCCGGUGGUGGAUGCUACCAAUUAUCAUAGCUUAGUUGGUGCUCUACAAUAUCUGACAUUAACUCGGCCCGAUUUGAGACAUGUUGUUUCCAUGAUUUUAUCAUACUCUUCCUUAAAUCUUUAUGGUUUUUCUGAUGCUAAUUGGGUGGGUUGUCCUAAUACUCGUCGCUCCACCACUGGUUAUUAUAUCUACUCGGGUGCUAAUUGCAUCUCUUGGGCUUCUAAGAAACAAGCUACAGUUUCUCGUUCUAGUGCCAAGGAAGAAUACCGAUCCAUGGCAACCAUUUCUACUGAAAUCACUUGGAUUUCUUAUAUCCUUCGAGAAACUGGACUUGGAAUGUCCUCUCCUCCGGCCAGCACUUUUUUGUGA